CCGAGUCCAUUGUCGUUUUUUUUUCGCUCGCUCUGCUCUCUGCCCCACUUCCAAUCCCUUCGACAAACACCACUUCAUCUAACAUAUUUACACAGGAUACCAGGCUUUAAUAAUUUUUCUCUGUAUUUUUGCUCAAGCGAGAUGGCACCUACGAAGACGAACACGAAAAAAUCAGCUGGUUCUGGCAUUACCUUGAAGCGUGCUGCCCGAAGGGUGAAGAUGCUGAGUGGGGGAAAGCCUAUUCGUGAUAAAGCCGGCAACAUUAUCAAGGCUGCGGCUUUCCAAAAGGGUGAGGAUGAAACAAGUCCUGGACGUGUGCAGCCAGACCGUCGUUGGUUUGGGAACACAAGGGUCAUCUCUCAGACAGCACUAGAGCACUUCCGGGAGUCACUGACAGCUCGAAAGAAUGACCCAUAUUCAGUAUUACUCAAACGGAACAAACUUCCUAUGAGCCUUCUUGAUGAUGCGGAGAAAUCCCAUGCUGGGAAGCGUGUCCACAUAGUGGACACGGAACCAUUUACAGACACCUUCGGUAAGAAGGCCCAGCGCAAGAAGCCUCGUCUGGAUGUUGGUUCAUUCGAGGAACUUGGUGCUACUACUGCUACUUCAAAUGAUCCCAACACUAUUGUCGAUGCGCCUGGGGCUGGAUCAUCUACUAGUGCAGCAUUAGCCGCCAUCGCUGAGUCACACCCGGUGCCCCAAGACGAUGAGAUCCCCGAUGCACCAACCCACGCCGAUUUCAUUGAGCCUAUCUUUUCUAAGGGGACUUCGCGUCGAAUAUUCGGCGAACUUUACAAAGUCAUCGAUUCUUCUGAUGUUGUUGUGCAUGUCUUGGAUGCUCGGGAUCCCUUAGGGACUAAAUGCGACUCCGUCCUCGAGUUCAUAAAGAAGGAAAAGCCUCACAAGCAUGUUGUUCUUAUUCUAAACAAAUGUGAUCUCAUCCCAACUUGGGCUACAGCCCGUUGGAUUUCCUACUUGACACCCAAAGCACCUACCUUAGCGUUCCACGCAUCUAUCAACCAUUCCUUCGGAAAAGACAAGAAACAAAUUUCUGUCGGUUUCGUUGGAUAUCCAAAUGUGGGCAAGAGCUCCAUCAUAAAUUGUUUGAAAAGGAGUAAAGUCUGCAACGUUGCUCCAAUCCCUGGCGAAACCAAAGGUGUUGUCCGCGUUGAGAAUCUUUCAUCCCCUUCCGACUUCAUCCCCGCACUUCUCCAACGUGUCAGACCUGUCUACCUCACUCGCACAUAUGCCCUACCCCCCAACCCUAGCGCCACCGACCCAGACGACGAUAAUACACCCUGGGAGGCUGAUGCAUUUCUUGAAAUCCUUGCUCGAAAGUCCGGCAGGCUGUUGAAGGGCGGUGAACCGGACCGAGAGACUGUUAGCAAAAUGGUGCUAAAUGACUGGAUAAGAGGCAAGAUUCCCUAUUUCGUGCGUCCUCCGGAGAAUACUAGUGAGGAGACACCUGUCACUCCCGAGGCAACCAACCGCAAAGAGAAGACAAGGAUUGGUGUGCAGCAGGAAGUCCACAAGAUACUUCUGAAUAGCAAGUUCCUACCAGACGAUCGCGGGCCGGGCGAGGAAGCCGAGAAUGAGAAUGAGGACGUUGAACCAACGGAGAAUGAUGACAUUGAUGGUGAAGCAGGCUCUCAGGAUGAGCAAGACAGUAAAGACGAGGAGAAUACCGAAGACGCUGAAAUUGAUGUUGUGGAUGACGAGAAAGAGUUGAACUGGGAUGAUGUUUACGGAGCGGUGGCUGGAUCCGCAAACCCGCAACCUGAAGUGCCUAAGCAACAGUCGAAUGCAUCGGAUAAAGCAGCAGACCUCUCGGAAGACGACGACGAGGAGGACGAUGGCAAGAAGCGGAAGGUAGUGAAAGACCCUCGGAUGAAAACUAAUAAGAGGAAAGCCACCAAUUUCUACACCACUGCUAAUGUAAAGAAUCGUAAUCCAGCAAGAAGAGGAAUCAAGCUGGGUCAAGAUUUACCCUCUCGGAGGAAGUAACCCGCUUGCGUAUGGAUGCUGGGCUAGUGAUCACCGGGUGUGGUUAUUCAUAGUAGUUGAUCAAGCAUGGUUUGAUUGAUGCAAGGUGUAUGAUCCAAUUGCGUCGGAUAUUAGAUGGGAGUCACCGUACUCCGAUAUGCAGUCUGUCCAUUG